GAUGCGAAAAUCAGUUUGGAAAGAUUAGGCGAAAUCCAUGACAAAGAAGAUGAGGAGCCAAGCCCCCUAACCCUCGAAGGGGGAAUGUCAUUGAUUACUGAAAUUGAACCUUCUGAUAUUAGACUGGAGCAUGUAAGUUUUCGGUAUAUCGGUUCUCCGGAUAUGGUAUUGGACGAUAUUAGUUUCACUAUCCCUAAAAAUAAAACCACCGCCAUAGUGGGUGCCAGCGGUAGCGGAAAAACUACUUUGCUUAAAUUAUUGAUGAAGUUUUAUGAACCGGUUUCAGGAGAAUUACGAAUUGCGAAUUACGAAAGUUUAGGAAGUGGGAAGACGGAAGAUGGGAGUGAGGAGAUGGGAGUUUCGGGUUCGCCGUCUGGGGUGAGUGGGAAGACGGAAGAUGGGAGUGAGGAGAUGGGAGUUUCGGGUUCGCCGUCUGGGGAGUAUAUAGAGAGCCUUCCACUAAGUUAUAAUACGAAAAUCGGGAAUGAGGGGAUUGGUAUGAGUGGUGGUCAAAAACAACGGUUAUUAAUAGCCCGUGCUGUCUAUAAAAAUCCGGAAUAUAUCUUUUUUGAUGAGGCUACCUCGUCUUUAGAUGCCAAUAACGAAAAGGAAAUCAUUGAGAACUUAGACGGCUUCUUAAAAGAACGAACUGCCGUUAUUGUGGCUCAUAGAUUAAGCACCGUAAAACAUGCAGAUAAUAUCAUAGUCCUUGAAAAAGGAAAAAUCAUAGAACAAGGCACUCAUCAAGAAUUAACGGACAAAAAAGGAGCUAGUGGGGAGAUGGGAGAUGGAAGAUGGGAGAUGGGAGAUGGGAGAUUGGAGAUGGAAGAUUGGAGAUUGGAGAUGGGAGAUGGGAGAUGGAAGAUGGAAGAUGGAAGAUGGGAGAUGGAAGAUGGAAGAUGGGAGAUGGAAGAUGGG